AUGACAUCGUCCAUCUCAUCCGUGCUUGUUGAUUGUCUCAAAUGUUUCAACGGCCUGAUGACUCGCCCCAAGUUGGCUACAUAUGCGGAUGAGGUCCACACAGAUUCAUGGGUUGAUGAACUCGGAAGGUUGCGAAUCUGGGCCGCGAACAUCGGCGCUCAUCAAACAGGACAUUCGUCGCUGGAUUAUCGGCUGAGAGAUGCAUCCCAUAUUAGGGCCCAAACGAUCAAGCUCCUUGAGCGGCUUCGGCGAACACUCGAAGAUGCUAAUGAGUUCCUCACCGAAGGCGAGGAAGAACAUGAGAACAUGUUAGUCGAUGAUGAAGAGGAGACAGAGCUUCAACAGAUAUACCGUGGUCUGGUCAAUACCAUUGAUUGUCUGUUCCAAUUGAGCAUGACCAUCCGCAGGCCCGCCAGUCACGACAGGCUCCUGGGAAUCAAGAAGCUAGAUGCAGUCAUCUUUGAACCUUUUGAUCGCAACCAUGUAGUCAACAAGCAUCCCAACGCCGACAGUAUCAUUGUUGAUCGGCUAGGGGCCGCCAUAUCACGAAGGAGGGCCGCACUCAAAUAUCGAGAAAGGCAUCAUGCCAAGCUCGGAAAAGGCAUCGAGCGUACAGUUGAUGAUAGAAAUGACCGAAGUGCUUGGGACGACGGGGACGAGCAUCACCUGUCAGAAACUAUUGCGACCGAUUUCCAAGAAUCUCAUAUUGACUUUGAGGAGACCGCGUCAAACUCAGGGGCUUCUCAGACCUCCUAUGCUCCUAGUCUUUGGGAGAGCAGCGACAAGAUUACUGUUCCACACCCACCGAGGGAUUCAGCCGGUGGGCAGCCCUUCAAGUGCCCAUACUGUUUCUUCAUCAUCACAGUCUCGAAUAGGCGAUCGUGGACCCGGCAUGUCUUCAAGGAUUUGAUGCCCUAUGUUUGUGUCUUCCAUGAUUGCUCAGCUCCGAACAGACUUUACGACAGUCGACGCGAAUGGUUUCAACACUUACGGACAAAACAUAUUCCAUCUGUCAACCCAGGUAAACCCGAAGGCUGCCCACUACGCUGUGGAGCUGAUGUACCAGUUGUCUUGCUUGAAAGACACCUAGGUCGUCAUUUAGAAGAACUAGCCCUGUUUGCCCUCCCGAGAACUGACAAUGAAGGUGAAGAAAAUUCCAACCAGCCACAAGCAUCUCUCGUCCCAAUGGAAGAAUUGGAUGAAGAGGAUAGUGCCUCUUCCGACGAAGGGAUAUUCGCUCUGAAUUCAUGGUCUAGAGGCGUCUUUCUCGAUCCGGAACACUCAGAGGAGAUUUCCAUAGAGCCAAACUCAUCUCCUCCCUCAACGUCUUCGACAAUAGGGCAAUCAUUAAAUGAGAAUAAGCGCGACAAUCACGACCAACAGUCGAAAGAGGAGGUUGACGCCGAUGACAUUCCUGAGACCGUCGACUUGAGUGGGAACGAUCAUGGGUUCGAACUCUCUAUUCCCACGAGACCUCGCCCAACCUCUCGACCGCCAUCGGCACCAAGUCUACCUCUCUCAGUGGCCCCUCCCCCUCCUCGAGCUCGGUCGGAGGAACGAAUCCAGGUCAGCAGGACGCAAACCCGGAAUGGCCGCACCGAAAACGAAGACAUUAUCAUCGAUCGCAAUGAAGGGCCAAGUGGCCAUGUAGCUCCUCUUCCACCUCCUCCUCGUGAUGCAUCCUAUGACCCUCCAGCACCUCGUCGCGAUCCCUAUCGCGGCUACGACCGGGACGUGCAGGAAGAGACCGAAUACUACGAUAACCGCACUCUCGAACAAUCCUACAUCGGGGAAGGCUACCACGGAGCGACUCGAGAUUGGGCAAUAGUUGACGUUCCUUCGGGCACAAACCGCGUCCGAAUGGACGGAGCCGGAGGCGUGAGUCAAGAAAUAAGCUGGCAGAGGUAUAAUGGCGUACGGAGGAGCAAAUUUAUACCUGAUAGAGUCAGUGAUGAAGGUUGUGGAAGUGAAGUCGCCAGUCCUCUUCCAGCUCCUGCCCCCUUACCUGCGCCUCUGUCGCCCCCUGCUCCCCUUCCCGCUUCGAAUGGAGAGAUUGGACGGCGGUAUGGCAAAGAGCGUGAUCCGAAAGAAGGCCUAUGGACUGAGAUCACAAAGGAUUUGGUUGUGAAGGAAGCGAUUCAAGAAAUUGGCUACGAAUAUGAGGAGACUGAUGACUUCUACUAUAUUAUUGGCUAUCUACGAUACGAAGAUGUUGCUCGCCUCGUCGGGCUUUCCGAAGAUAUCCGCAAAGAGCGGCGCAAGCAAAUCAAAGAGCUUGGGUGGGAGAACCGAGUUUUGCCCUCCCCUGUCGUGGAUAAACCACAGCCACUUACCAUUGAACCUCCACCCCUUCGCCCUCGCCAAGAUUGGGACCGACAGGAGGAGAGGUAUGUCGAGCGCGAGGUGGUUUAUAGAGGAGGUCGGCCCCCACCACCGCCCGGGUGGAGACGUUAA